AUGAUUGCUGCUUUGGAAGUAGUGAAUCUACAGAGCAACAACUUUAUUGGGAAAAUUCCUCAGUUGAAUAGGAACUUCUGUGACCUUGUUAUGAUUGAUCUGAGUUACAAUAAAUUACAAGGGCCACUGCCAAGAUCGCUUCGCAAGUGUAGCGAUUUGGAAUUCCUGAAUGUCGCACACAAUCAGAUUAGAGAUGUUUUCCCUUCAUGGUUGGGCUCACUUCUAAGCUUGAAGAUCCUUAUAUUGCGGUAUAAUAGAUUUCAUGGGCUUAUUGGGGAACCGGGUGGUAGGGUUGUGUUCCCUACGCUGCAAAUCAUCGACCUAUCACAGAACGGUUUUUCUGGUAGCUUGCCAUCCAAAUACUUUGACCAUUGGACUGCCAUGAAAGUAUUUGAUACAGAUCCGUCAAGCUACACUGGGGAUUCUUUUUCGCCAUUCAUAUGGCCUUAUCAGUCAAGCUACAUUGGGGAUGCUAUUCCGCCGUUCAGAUGGCCUUACACUGAAUUUGCGACCUUUGACUACUCUAUGAGCAUAGUUGCCAAAGGCAUCCAAAUGAAUUACUCAAAGAUCCAAGAGCACCUUACAUUGAUUGAUCUCUCGAGCAACAACUUCAGCGGAGCGAUCCCUGAAACCAUUGGAAGCCUAAAGCAACUAAAAUUGCUUAACCUUUCCAACAACAUUCUCUCCGGUCCCCUGCCUUCAUUCUUGGCAAACCUAACGAAUUUGGAAUCAUUGGACCUUUCUCAAAACCGGCUCUCAGGAGAGAUCCCUCAGGAGUUGACGCAGCUCACUUCGCUUGCGGUCUUCAACGUCUCUUAUAACCGUUUGACCGGGCCAAUACCGCAGUCACAGCAGUUUGCUACAUUCGAAAACAACUCCUACAAGGGAAAUUCGGGGCUAUGUGGCACUCCUCUGUCCAGAAAAUGCGAUGAUCCCAAAGCCUUGCCGCCAUCAUCUCCGACGUCCGAAGAAGAUCAAGAUUCGGGGAGUGCAAUGGAGUUAGACUGGAAAGUCGUGUGCAUGGGGUAUGCAAGUGGGUUGGUGAUUGGAGUGGUCCUCGGGAACUGCUUGAUCACAAGAAGAAGGGCUCAGAGACUUGUGAAGAAUUUUGGGAAAAGAAAACAAAGGCGAAGAAGGUAGAAGUGCUGGUCCGAAACCUGAGGAACACUUGACCGAAAUCUAUCGUCUUCUAUGUUUGAGUACCUGCAACUUUCUCUUAUGUUUGUUUGC